UCUUUGUGUGCUGAAAACGUUAGCGCUACCAUCUCGAUUUCUCUCUUCCCCUCUCCCUCUCCCUCUCCCUUUUACCUAAGUUGGAAUCAAUCCGAUUUCGCGUUCGAUCUCUGAAAUCCCCGGAGCCUUCGCAUGGAUUUGGCCGAACUGUGGGCGAUCUUCGGGCCGGGCGUCGCCGGCGCCGUCUUCGGCGCCGGAUGGUGGUUCUGGGUCGACGCCGUCGUGUGCAGCUCCGUCACAGUCUCCUUCGUCGACUAUCUCCCCGGUAUCUUUGCUUCUCUCGCUGCGCUGAUGUUCAAUUGCGUGAGGAAGGAUGAUAUCGACUACUCUCCUUACGAUGAAGGCGAGUGGAGGUUGAAGCUUUGGCUUUUCUUUGCCUAUGUUGUUUCAUUUGUCUCUCUGGCAGCAUCUGUGGGCCUUUUAAUUCAAGAUUCACUCGAGACCUCUGCACCUUCAGUCUGGACAGGAGUUGCGGGUGUCUUGCAAUGCGUGUUUGUGUUGAUCAGUGGACUAAUUUAUUGGACAUCACACUCGGAGUGAGGCCUUGAUCUGCAGCGAUGUACUUU